AUGAAAAUGACAACACGAACACCGCUGGCGCGGUUUCCAAUGACGACGAAGCUUCACCCAAUACUCAAGAAACACCGCGGGAAAGUUAAGCCUCGACCACAGUAUGUGAGUGAAGACCUACUAGAUAAUGUUCUCGUGCGCGUAGAGCCAUACCUUCGCCGAAACCAACCGGUAGACAUUCUGGACCUCUGGCCUGGAUGUGGUCUUUUGUCAUCUAAAUUGAAUGACCUUCUUCAACCACGUCGCCAUGUUCUUGUUGAACCAAAUCGUCACUUCCACCCUUUACUUACGGAGCUCACCGAGAGCAAGUCGUGUUAUAAGAUCGUCAAUGAGAGCAUAUAUGGGAAAAAGGAUUGGUCUAGUUUCUUCGAGGACCAUUUGCCAGAACAAGGCCCUCAAAACCGAGAGUCCGGAAUUAUACCAAAAAACGAUACACUCCUUGUCCUGGCUAAUCUCCCCGAAUCUGUCAGUGCGACGGAUCAUUUCAGACCUGGCCGCUGGUUUCUCAACUUCAUGAAUGCCUGCAUAACCCAAAAUGAUCUGAAUUUAUACGGGGCUGUACGAGUCCUUGCCACAAUGCCCUUUAGUGAAGUCUCGGGGAUGUUACCGCGAUCCGUUCAAGAGCGCUCACGAACUGGCAUAUUGGCGGAGACCAUAGGCUUGCACAACAUAGAGCUUGCUAGUCCAGCCGAACAUGAACGCUCUACUCAAUGGCGUGGCUUCGAUACCUUACAAAACAACCGGAAACGUGUGGCUGAAAGGGCUGCGGCACAUGGCAUUAUCACACCACCCACCAGAGAGCUUCCUCCUUUAAAGGAAGUGCCACAAGCUGCCCUCCGUGCGAAAAAGGAUGUACCACAUCAGCGUCGGGUGUUUGCUCCUCUUCAUGAUAAAAUUUUUUCAGUCAUCGCAGCAGCGGAUGCGUUGGGUAUUCAGUCAGCCCACGAAACUACAGAUCCCAAAGGCAAGGAACUGUGCAAGAAGCGCGGAAUAGCGUACACGCAACUUGCCAGGGACAAUUUGGCGUGUUACACCCGGCAUAGGCUUGCCGAAAUGACACUUCAAAUUGACGAAGUGACCCGGACAUUUUCACGUGCGGCUGCGGAUCCCAAGGAAACAGUUGAGAGACUAAAGGCUCUGGAAGAUCAAAUAGCAUCUCUCCACUCGAGUUAUACCGAUUACGUCUCAAGCAUUCACUUCACAAUGUUGGAAAAAGAGGCACAUACAACCGAUGAUGCCCGGUUGACUAGAAUCUCCAACAACUUCGACGAUGCAAUCUUGACACAUGACCGACGAGCAUUCGAACCCUUAUACAUCCACCCCGAUGAGACUUAUCCUCGUGGAGACCCGAUCGGACUCAUGUAUUUCGAAGCAAACUCCAACCCGCCCGCUCUAAAGAAGGUCUUUGACCUACCGAGCGAGAUGGUCAAAGCAAUCCUCCAACGGUAUCUUGUACUGCUAGGAUGUGUGGGCUUCCGAGGUAAAAUGACGGUCGCCGAGCUUCUCCAAACACUUUUCCCACUAGAGAGCAUCAAUGAUCAUGUGAAGGAUAUCCCGGCCCUUGCGACAUUUGCUGGAAAACGACUCAAGGCUGGGUAUGGGCCGAUGCCCUUGCCGGAUUCGACCACGGACCCGGUUUCCACGUACCAGGAGAACGUAGACUAUGAUUUGAGUGGUGUUCGAAUGCGCCUUCUUUCUACGGAAACCUUGUUGGAUAUUGCGACCAAAUAUGAAAGGCUUCCGGAGAAGCUCGAUGUCAUCACUUUCAGUCGAGUUUUGGGUGCGUCUGUGACUCAGGCCCAACUAGGUGAUGAUGCGGUUAAAAUGAGGAUGAGAUAG